GCAGAAAAGGAAGAUGGCAAGACUAUUACUUUUCCUCUCAGGACUCGCGGCUAUAUAUGUGGUGCAUGGAAUAUUUAUGGACAGACUUGCUUCCAAGAAGCUCUGUGCAGAUGACGAGUGUGUGUAUACUAUUUCUCUGGCCAGAGCACAAGAAGAUUACAAUGCCUCUGACUGUAGAUUCAUUAACAUUAAAAAAGGGCAGCAGAUCUAUGUUUACUCAAAGCUGGUAAAAGAAAAUGAAGCUGGAGAAUUUUGGGCUGGCAGUGUUUAUGGUGAUCGCCAAGAGGAUGAGAUGGGAAUCGUGGGCUAUUUCCCCAGGAACUUGGUUGAGGAGCAACAUGUGUACCUGGACGCCACUAAGGAAGUCCCCACCACGGAUAUUGACUUCUUCUGCGAGUAAGAAAUUAGACAAAUCUGCAGCUAGAAAGAAAACACCAAAAACAAAGAAAAAAUUGAAAACAACCAAAAACUGCAUGUUCCUAAUAUGAAGCUUUUGUUUCAAAAGGAGGCCUGGGUCUUGAGGCUGGCGGUGGCAAAUGAAGGAGGAGAUUCAACCAGGUCACAUUUUCUGGUGACCUGACUUCCUAC